AUGGGGGUCCAAGUGGGAAGGAGGGACUGGCCCUGGGACUGGAAGCGAGCGGUCCACCGAGGCUUCCAAGGUUGUUCCAAGGUUUCCCAAGGCUUGCUUCCAACCAAUUCUCUUAUCAGACGAAGGGUCCAGAAAGAGAAAGAGAGAGAGAGAGACACUGAGGGCGACACGGCGCGCGCAUUCGGCGAAACGCAAAAAGUGACAACAGGAUCGAACCCCAGCGACGACGACACGGAAUCAAUUGGUUCCUCGCUCGGUGCGCUCCUCGCCCGCAGUCCUCCAGAUCUGACCCAAGUUACUGCUGCUGCUGCUGCUGCUGCGCGCAAACACGCCUCCGACGACGACCCGCCGCCGCGCACCGAGGCCCUCGAGCUACGAACGAAAGUCCGCCCGUCUCUCGAGCGCCGAACCUCCAUGCCACAUGCCGACGACGCCUCGCCCGACGUCCGCGCGACACGACAGCUGCUACCACAUCCAAUGACUCUCUCCCACGCCGCCAAUGGCGCUGCCGCCGCCCCCGGCUCCCCGUCCGAGUUCCCCAAGCUCGACACCUCGGUCGCCGCUGCCACCGCGGCCGAUGCGCAAGGCGAGAAGAAGGCGCCCGUCAUAGACGCGGGGCUGAGGAGUCUUGAUCACUACAAGAGAGCGCUCCCCAAAUGGCGGUACGACCUCCGUCAGCAACUGUUGCCCCUCAUAAGAUGGGAGACGCCGUAUCUGGCGUGGCUGCAGGACACGCUGCGGACGCCCGCGCUGGAUAGCUACUUCGCCAUCACGGCGAACCUGGGCACGCACACGUUCUUCAUGAUUGGGCUGCCGAUCCUGUUCUGGUGCGGAUAUGCGUCUUUCGGGAAAGGACUGGUGCAUAUCCUCGCUGCCGGCGUGUUCUUCACCGGCUUUGUGAAGGACUUCUUCUCGCUCCCAAGGCCGCUCUCGCCUCCCCUGCAGAGAAUCACCAUGUCCGGCUCGGCGGCCUUGGAGUAUGGUUUCCCAUCGACACACUCCGCCAACGCCGUCUCGGUCGCGGUGUACGGCAUACUCAUAUUGCACUCACCGGAAAACACACUCCCGCCCAGCGUGCAGCUGGGUCUCGAGGUGUUGGCUUACUUUUACGCUGCGAGUAUCAUCUUCGGCCGCUUGUACUGCGGUAUGCAUGGUUUCCUGGAUGUCAUCGUUGGGUCUGUCAUGGGCGCUGCCAUUUCGCUCGUCGAGUUCUAUUACGGCCCCAGCAUGGAUCUGUACCUCCACGAGCAGACGGCGUCGGCAGUGUUGAUAGUGGCACUUGUGAUCAUCGUCCUCGUCCGGGUGCACCCCGAGCCCGCGGACGACUGCCCCUGCUUUGACGACAGUGUCGCCUUUGCGGGCGUCGUGAUCGGAGUUGAGCUCGGCACAUGGCACUUUGGGCGCUCACCUUUUGCGUCCAUCGUCUUUGAUCUGGAGGCUCUUGGCUGGCCCAUGGUCAUUGUGCGUAUCCUCGUGGGCGUCCUUGCCGUGUUCGCGUGGCGCGAGAUGGCCAAGCCGGCCCUGCUCAAGGGGCUACCGCACCUGUUCCGUGUCAUCGAGACCUGGGGCCUGGCCUUGCCCCGGCGCUUCUUCAUGCCUGCCUCGGAGUACAAGAACAUCCCGCUUAGGUUGCGGGUUGACAACGUGUUGCCCAACGUGAGCGACCUGCCCAACUUCGUCAACAACAUCCGCAAGGGCCGGCGUGGCAGGUCCGUUAGUAUCGGCCCGCAGAGCGCUGCGGAUGCGUACGAGACCCUGGCGUACCGGGAGCGCCGCCGGCGCGAGAGCAUCGGCAGCAACGGGAGCAUGCGCAGCAAGCCGAGCAUCGCAGACCUGCGGGCGGGCUCCCCGCUGCUGAACACGCCCGAGGAGCAGACGGGGCGCAGCAGUGCCGUGGCUGGUGGCAAGCUCAGCGAAUACGAGCGCAUGAUGGGCGAGGGGACCGUGCUGGUGUCGCCGAGCGAUGAGAGGGAUGGCGACGAGCCCACCGUCUACGUCGAGUCGCAGGAUGAGCUGGGCGAGAAGGAGGUCUUCGCCUUGCUGAUCAAGCCCAGAGUGCGGUACGAUGUCGAGGUCGUGACAAAGCUGGUUGUCUACACUGGCAUCGGCUUAGUCGCCGUCGACGUCGUGCCCAUUAUGUUCGAGUUCAUCGGCUUGGGUGCCGGCCACCUGCAAUGA